AUGGCGGGCGCCGGGACGGGCACAAUGUUUGCGCGAGAGGGAAUGCAAGCGGAUGCGGUUCCCGGAACAGGAUUUCUCGCAAAUGGGAGGCUGACUGGAGGCGCGGGGAAGUUCUCCGCGGAAGAUACGGGGGGAAUUCCGCCGGUUGCGGAAGCCCGCGCGGGGGGCGCGGGGAGCGAGUGGUCGGCGGAAAAAUACCGCGACUUCGUGGAGAGUAUUGUGGAGGAAAGCGCGCGGCUGGCAGAGCACCAGCGCGGGGGAAGUGGGAAUUCGCAGCAGCCGCACGCGAGGAGCGGGAAUUUACAGCCGCAGGAUGUAAAAAAGCAACAAGCGCAAGGUCAAAUCAGGCCGCGGAAACAGCGGGCGGGAGGCGGAGGGGCAAUCAACGGAAGGAGCGCAGCGGGGGGAGUGCAUGUUGCCACUGCUCCGCCGAGCGCGGACGGCAAAACUGGUAACGGCGAUUCGUCGCAGGCUGCUGCGCUGGCUUCGGUGUUACAGUUUUUCGCGGACUCGUUGGCGCAACACGAAGGGGGCGCGGCGGAGAUUCCGCCGUCUCCGUCAAGCAGCGCGCAGGCCAACGCGCGCACUCCGCGCACGCCGCGCACCACGUCAGAUCCCGCGGCAUACGCGGCUUUGCAAGACCGUGGAGGUCCCCCCGCGCCCCACCAACCUCCCACCUGCGCGCCGCCAUCUGCCCCGCCUCUUCUUUCCCCCUGCGGGAACCACCACAACUCCACUCACAUACCUGCCCGAAAUACUGCCCAGAUUUCUGCCCCGGGCAGAAAGAAAUUCGUGCUCGUGGGGGCUCCAAACCCCCCAGCUGCCCCUCCUGGUGCUGCUGCUGCUGCUUCAUCUCUCUCUCUUGGGAACCCUUUUCCUAUAGCAGAAAAGGGGCCCCACGCUCCCCCAUCCCUUCUCGUUCCCCCUUCCCUGCUCGUUCCCCCUCCCGCGUUCGCCCCCCUUCCCCCGUUUUCUCCCCCUCCCCCGCUUGCGGAGAAACGGGUGAUGCCACGUGGGCAAGGAAUGGGAGGCGGCGGAGGAGGGGGAGGAGGAGGAGGAAGGGAGGAUGAAUUUGUGCAGGAGUUUAUGCUGAGAGCUGAUAGUGAGACUCUCAGUGCAACUACACUGUCAGAAGGUCAGCAGCAGGAGCAGGAGCAAGAGCAAGAGCAGCAGGAGCAGAUGCAGCAGCAGGAGCAGCAGGUGCUGCAGGGAUGUGACUAUAUGGAAAGGGGUGACUAUGCACAUGGUGACUGUAACGAGCGAGGGGUUUCAACGGGGAUGGAGUGUGAUUCUGAUGAGGGGAAGGCGUUAAGGCAAGUGGUAACCAUCGCGGGAGAGGGUGGGAAUGAGGACGCAGAGAAAAGGGCAGUUGAAACCACCGCUGCUGUGGCUGCUGCCGCUGCUGGGGCUGCAGGCGAAGGGAUGGAAGCAUUGGGUGGCCCGGUGUUCAGCUUCGGGUCAGGCGAAGGCUCGGAGCAAGGUCCGGAGCGAGGUUCGGAGGGAGGUUCGGAGGGAGGUUCGGGGCAAGGGAAAGAUCGGGAUCAGGAGAAGGAUGCCGGACCUACAAAAGCGAUGCUAGAAAUGAGAACGGUAUCGGCUGGUGUGACUGUACCGAAUGUGACUGUAACGGGUGUGACAGGAAACGGUGUGACUACAAAGGGGAGCAGCGGGGAGGAGUUUAUAGUGAGUGGUUCAGAGCAUGGCUUGUGGCUGUCGAGCCUGACGGGUUUCCAAACCAAGAAGCUCGAGGAGUGGUUCGGCGCGGACCUGAACCCAUCUCCGGAGCAGAGGGCGAGCCUCGGCAACAGCCUCGGGCUGCUGCCGCAGCAGGUACGCUCAAGCAACAACAUAUUCGAUCGCCUCCUGGUUGCACCACCGUCACAAGUGCAGCAGCAGCAGGCAGAGCUCGAAUCUCCUCCUGGUUGCACCACCGUCGCCUGCAGCACACAGUGCGGCAGCAGCAGGCAGAGCUCGAAUUGCUUCCUGGUUGCACCACCGUCGCUUGCAGCGCACAGUGCAGCAGCAGCAGGCAGAGCUCGAAUUGCUUCCUGGUUGCACCACCGUCGCCUCCAGCACACAGUGCGGCAGCAGCAGGCAGAGCUCGAGUCCCUCCGAUCGGCCUUCUCUCGCUUGCAAGCAUCAGCGAGUGGCAUGAGCGGGGACUACGAGCUGCUCCAAGCUGACUAUUUCACUCUGUUGGACAAGAAGGAGGAGCUAACCAGCAAGGUGAGAUACGGGGGGUGGUGUGGGAUGAUAAGGAGUGUGGUGCGGUGGAGCGGCAUGAGCGGGGACUACGAGCUGCUCCAAGCUGACUAUUUCACUCUAUUGGACAAGAAGGAGGAGCUAACCAGCAAGGUGAGAUACGGGGGGGGGUAUGGGAUGAUAAGGAGUGUGGUGCGGUGGAGCGGCAUGAGCGGGGAUUACGAGCUGCUUCAAGCUGACUACUUCGCUCUGUUGGACAAGAAGGAGGAGCUAACCAGCAAGGUGAGAUACGGGGGGUGGUGUGGGAUGAUAAGGAGUGUGGUGCGGUGGAGCGGCAUGAGCGGGGACUACGAGCUGCUCCAAGCUGACUAUUUCACUCUAUUGGACAAGAAGGAGGAGCUAACCAGCAAGGUGAGAUACGGGGGGGGGUAUGGGAUGAUAAGGAGUGUGGUGCGGUGGAGCGGCAUGAGCGGGGAUUACGAGCUGCUUCAAGCUGACUACUUCGCUCUGUUGGACAAGAAGGAGGAGCUAACCAGCAAGGUGAGAUACGGGGGGUGGUGUGGGAUGAUAAGGAGUGUGGUGCGGUGGAGCGGCAUGAGCGGGGAUUACGAGCUGCUUCAAGCUGACUAUUUCACUCUGCUGGAUAAGAAGGAAGAGCUCACAAGCAAGCUGUCUGACGUGGCAUCCAGGCUGGCAGCAAAGCACCGUUCCUUGAGCUCAGGCAAUCCAGGUAGUUCUGGGGGAGGCGUUUCCCAAACAGGUGUUUUCCGGGCAGCUUCUGCCGAAGCAGGUGGUGAUCGGGCAGGCUGGAACCGGGCAGCUGCUGCUGCCGAUCCUGCUACUGCUGCUGACGCUGCUGGCUCCGAACCCGCUGCUGCUGCUUCCGGUGCUGCUGCUACUGCUGCUGCUGCUGCUGCUGCUGCUGCUGCUGCUGCUGCUACUCCUGCUGCUGCUGCUACUGCCGCCACGCCUGCUACUUUCUUUGUGUUUGGAUCCUUACAGAGCUCAGUCUCCCCCGGUUCAUCACCCACACUGGUCUCCCCAUCCCCUCCCACCACUUCCCACCACACUGAAUCCACUCUAUCUCUUCCUGCUCCUCCUGCGACAAUUCCUGGUGACAGCGUCACACCCUGUGUGUAG